CGCAGUUUCUGAGGAUGGGAUUUCGUCCCAAGUUCGUGUCGGUGUCGCGUGCGCGCAGAGUCGGAAAAUCGGGCGGCUAGUGUGACGGCGCAGGUUCCGCUGGAGGCGAGAUUUGGCGGAAAAUCCCCUCUAACCACCUCCUCCCCAGGAGAGUCGGGGACGCCCAGCCUGGAAUUUGUCUAUGUGCCCGCGCGCAACGUGAAUGUAUCUGAAGAUCAGGGUGUGGAGACAGGGAAAUUGGAAAGUGUAUUGCGAAUGAUGAUGUGGGCGCAGCAUGGAGACAGGAAAGGCUGAACUGCCGGAAAGGGACGAGGCUGAGUUAUUAUUCUACGUAUCAGGAGAUAAAAUACCACAAAUUAAAGAGAAUUAAAUGGACCAAGUUUUUUGGGGGUGUGUGAAAUUGACCAAAUACCGCUAAGAUUUGCUUUUUUCACUCAAGUUGGUUUGAGGUGCAAAACUCUCUUUCUUUGGACCGAACUUCGCCCUUGUUUUUAACGGAUCGAGGGGAACUGUCCUGAGAUUAUUGUGCUUGGACAUUUCUCAAGCCUGUUUCGUGCUAUUUCCCGCAAGGAUGGGAUAAACCAGUUUAGCAUUGAAAGAGCGCUGUGCUUGAAAUGUUAAUUCUGCAUAUGGGACCUCUGUGACAUAUUUGCUUAUUGUCCACAUUUUCACUCUCAAUAGUGCCGGUGCGCAUUUGUUGGGCAAUGAUGAUGGCAGAUGAAUUGGAACUGGGCAAGACUGGUCAAACGGAGAAGUCGUUGGAAAUCCUGGCUUGCGGCGACGUGAACCAAGAGGCAGCUUCGGCCAAGAAGGACGAGCCCGAUGACUUGGUGAACUAUCUGGAACUGAAGCCGGAAGAGCGGCGCCUGGGCAAAAAACUCUGCGGAUACCUCAACAAGCUGGGGGGCAAAGGACCACUGAAAGGCUGCAAGACUCGCUGGUUUGUCUUCGAUCAGAAAAGCUGCCACCUGUAUUACUUCCGAACAGCCCAGGACAGCAACCCGCUAGGGAGCAUGGACUUGUCGAAAGCUGCCUUCAAUUACUGUUUGGAGGCAGAGGAAGGAACAUUUGAAAUCACAACUCCCGAGAAGGAUUAUACCCUGAAGGCAAAAAAUAGACAAGCCAUGAUGUACUGGUUACAGCAGUUACAGCAGAAACGCUGGGAAUAUGGUGAGAAUCAGAAUAAUCUCUUUACAGAUAACCCCAACAUCUGCACAGAGCAGCCUGAAUCACCACCAGCACUCAAAACAGAAGAGGAAGCGGACCAAUUCUUGGACCCCGUGAAAACGCCCACUGGUCUCGUCGGAGUGGAGGCAGCUUCUCUACCAGUCGCACUGCAGCCAACCACCUUGCAUAACAUCUCUCUCAAGCACCUGGGGACAGAAAUCCAAAAUUUUGGUUCUAAAGCCGUCUUUCAGUUCUCCGGAAGCAAGCUGUUCAGGGAAAAUAGGACGUGUUUUGAGGAAGUCAGUCAGGGACCUAAUGAGAUGGCUGAAGAUCUAUCCCAGACCAAAGGAGGAGAUCUAUCAGUUAAGGACACACAGCAGGAAGAACAGAACACUCCAUUUCAAAAAUGUUCAGUGGGCAGUUUGAAGUCACUGACCAUUCGACAGACUAGCACUCCAAUGACUCCGGGGAAGGACACUGUGACGGAUGAGAUUGCCCCUGACAAGGCCACCAGGUUACAUAAUGAUGUCCUGGGACUCACCAAUGAGCUUAAUGCACAGAGGGAACUGGUCAAGCUCUUGCACAAGGCUCUUGAGGCCGCGCAGCAGGAGAAGAGGGCUUGUAACACAUACCUCUCCGCUGACGAGUCCACCCGCUUGGAGCUGGUGCGGCACAAAGUGAGGCAGAUCCGCGACUUGGAAAACCGGGCCUGCGUGCUUGAGAAAGAAAAGCAAGAGCUGCAGCAGAGCCUGAGCAUGCAGACGGACCUCACCGGGGAGAUGAAGCAACAUGCUCAGCUGCUGAUGGAGAAAAACCAUGCCAAGCAGGAGGUCAUCCUGAAACUCUCCCAGCAGAUGGCCAACGAAAGCUGCCUCCCAGAAACCUGCGAUAAAAUCACCACAGAGGCCAUUGGAAAACUGGAGGAGCAAAUUGUACAUUUAAAGGAUGAUCAAGAAGCUUACAAAGUCCAAAACAAGUUCUUAAACUCCGAGAUUUACCAAGUCACCAAGCUUUGGCAGGCCACUGCUGAUCGGGAGAAGGCUCUGGCUUUGAAGUGUGCUGCUCUGGAGGCCAAAUACUGCCAGGUUGAGAGCAAGUAUUUGACGAUGCUCCACAAGCUUGAGGACAAUGCCAGCAAGCAAGAUGGGACGCCACAGGAAAUGGUCAAGCAGCUUAUUGCUGACCAGUCAAAAAGGGAGAUUCAAGAUAAAUUUGGUAACCAAGGGGGCAGAUUUUGCAAUGAGUAUGAUGAAUACGGCUUCAGGACGGUGUCUUCCCCAUUGCAGGACAGAGACCUCUUGGCCAAAAUCCAGGCACUUGAACGAAAAUCCAUCCAACUCAUAGCUAGCCAGGAAGGCCAGGAGAAAGCCAUCCAGGUGAAAUGGGCAAACCAUCUAUUGGGCAGGACCUUUGGUGAGCUUCUGCCAUCACCAGAGUUAAAGAGCCUGAUCCGUAAUGGCAUCCCCAAGGAGUACCGGCGACAUGUUUGGAAGUGGUGUGUCAAUCGGUGGGUUCGGCACAUAAGCGAGCGAUAUGGUUCUAAACGUUACCAGGAGCUGCUGAAGCUGUGCAAGAACAAAGAUCAAGCAGCAUCCAAGCAGAUUGAACUGGAUCUCCACCGGACUCUGACCAACAACAGGCUCUUCAGCUCCCCGAACUCCAGAAUGGUUCAGAAGCUACGCCGUGUGUUACUGGCCUAUUCAUGGCAAAACCCCGAUAUUGGGUACUGCCAAGGACUGAACAGACUGGCGGCCAUUGCAUUGUUGAUCCUGCGAGAAGAAGAAGAUGCUUUCUGGUGCCUUGUGGCCAUUAUUGACUGCAUUAUGCCAGAGGAUUACUACAGCAAGACUCUCACUGGCUCCCAGGUUGACCAGAGAGUAUUUAAGGAUUUCUUGUCAGAGAAGCUGCCCAGGCUCAUGUCCCACUUCGAUCAGUAUAAUGUGGACCUCUCUCACAUUACGUUUAACUGGUUCCUCGUUCUCUUUGUUGACAGCCUUCAGAGUAACAUCCUACUCCAGGUCUGGGAUGCAUUCCUGUAUGAGGGAACAAAGGUAAUAUUCCGCUAUGCAUUAGCAAUUUUGAAAUACAACGAGGAAGAAAUUCUGAAGCUUAAUGAUAGCCUGGCCAUUUAUAACUACCUUGGAUGCGCGACACAAAACAUUUCAGAGGGAAGGAAGCUCAUGAACAUUGCGUUUGUAGAAAUGAACCCGUUUCCCUUGAAGUUGCUUCAAAACCGCCGGACAGCACACCUGGAGAAACUCAACGCUGAGCUGAGCGAGCUGGAGCGCAUACGGGAAGCAUACGUGAAAGAAAGAGUGGAGCAAAAAGUCACGAUUGACGGCGCGAGCGAGGAUGAGGAUGAAACUGAAAGGAAUCAUCCUGGGGCGCUAUCACCUGAAUUUCCUGCAGGGGUCACUUCAAAGUCAUGAGCAUGCUCUUCAAGAAGGAGCUCCCACACUCAAGAUCUCCAAUAAUGGGAAUGGCCUUCUUCAAGACUUGUUUCCUUCACUUACAAGGGAGUGUGCACGAGGAAAGUUGUUCAGUUCCACUAUGUGGUAUCUUUCUUGUGUUCAUCCUUGUCACUAUCAAAUCUCCUUGCUCAGCUGGAGCGGAGUCCAGAUGCAGAGUAAAGCUUGAUGCACUUUUCCCCAGGUGAAGGCGCCUUUCCUCAAAGCUCAGGAGAGUGUUACCUGCAUCGCUGUGAACUUUUUUCUUUCAGAUCUCACACCGGACAUCCUGUGAAUGAGACUGGGCCACGCAGUCCGGAAAUAUCUCGGCUUUUUUGAUCCUUUUGGAGUCAGGUUUGCUAGGACUGGAGUAAGCCUGCUCCGGUACACUUUUGCCUAAUUGAUAGGGAAGAGAUUGCAUCCAAUCAGUCUGAAUUGUGUUGAAACCUGUCCUGAGAGAUGAGAGGAGAGUGGACUAUAAAUCAUCUGUUCAUACAAGAGGAUUAUUUAUUAUUUUGAUGCCUGAUUUUAGCCCAGUUUAGAACUCAACAGAUAAGCUUGUCCACAGAGAAUGUCUUAUUAGUAUAAGUGGUUGGAUAUUAGUUGUACAAACUUAUUUGUAAGUAGUUUUCCAACUAUGGGACAGAAAUCUAAUCCCAAAACCAAUUCCAAGUAUUUAGGAUUGAUUUAAGUCCUCAUUGGAGAGGGUGAUAUUAUCCCUAUGUACAAGUUUUUAAAAAAAAUGUAUGACAAUAAAAAUUGAACUGUUGA